AUGGCCCGCACUACGGAACCAGUGGCAAAGAAGAUCUUUAAAGAAGUUUUAAUAGUUGAACUCUUGGGCGUUUUUGGAGCAUAUUUUUUGUUUAAUAAGAUGAACACAAGCCAAGAUUUCAGGCAAACAAUGAGCAAGAAAUUUCCCUCCAUCUUGGAAGUUUAUUACAAAUCCAUUGAACAGUCUGGACUGUACGGAGUCAGAGAACAAGAGCAGGAAAAAUGGUUGAAUAGCAAAAAUUAG